GCCGGAAGUGGCGUAGCGGCAGGGAGGGGUUCUUUACCGGGUCCGGCAGCUGAAGCUCGGCUCUCGGGUUACCCCUGCAGCGACGCCCCCUGGUCCCACCGAUACCACUGCUGCUCCCGCCCCUUCGCUCCUCGGCCGCGCAAUGGGCACCCGCGACGACGAGUACGACUAUCUCUUCAAAGUUGUCCUUAUUGGAGAUUCUGGUGUUGGAAAGAGUAAUCUCUUGUCUCGAUUUACUCGAAAUGAGUUUAAUCUCGAAAGCAAGAGCACCAUUGGAGUAGAGUUUGCAACAAGAAGCAUCCAGGUUGAUGGGAAAACAAUAAAGGCACAGAUAUGGGACACAGCAGGGCAGGAGCGAUACCGAGCUAUAACAUCAGCAUAUUAUCGUGGAGCUGUAGGUGCCUUACUGGUUUAUGACAUUGCUAAACAUCUCACAUACGAAAAUGUAGAACGAUGGCUGAAAGAACUGAGAGAUCACGCUGAUAGUAACAUUGUUAUCAUGCUUGUGGGCAAUAAGAGUGAUUUGCGUCAUCUCAGGGCAGUACCUACAGAUGAAGCAAGAGCGUUUGCAGAAAAGAAUGGUUUGUCAUUCAUUGAGACUUCCGCUCUAGACUCUACAAAUGUAGAAGCUGCUUUUCAGACAAUUCUGACAGAGAUCUACCGCAUUGUUUCCCAGAAGCAAAUGUCAGACAGACGUGAAAAUGACAUGUCUCCAAGCAACAAUGUGGUUCCUAUUCAUGUUCCACCAACCACUGAAAACAAGCCAAAGGUGCAGUGCUGUCAGAACAUAUAAGGCGUUUCUCUUCUCCCCUAGAAGGCUGUGUAUAGUCCAUUUCCCAGGUCUGAGAUUUAAAUAUAUUUGUAAUUCUUGUGGUCACUUUGUGUUUUAUUACUUCUUCAUACUUAGGAGUUUUUCCAUGUCUUAAUAAGUCUUUUGAUUUUAGCUUUAUAAAAUCAUCCACUUGUCCCGAAUGACUGCAGCUUUUUUUCAUGCUAUGGCUUCACUAGCCUUAGUUUAAUAAACUGAAUGUUUGGAUUCCUCAAUUACUGUUUACUUUUCAUCAUGGAAGCCUGUCAAUGUAGGACAUAAUAGAACUUGAUCGCUUGAAGCUCAGACCUGUUGGUCUUGAUCAAAUCAAACUAAGAAGACUUUAGAAGAAAUAAGCUAUCAUUUUGCCACAGAGCAGCAUAUAAUGAGCAGCUUAUAAUUCAUCCACUCUCCUCUCAAUGCAGUGUAUAUUUCCACAAAUCUAAGAAUUGCCCUAUAAACAUAGCAAGAUUUUGAGAGCUUGAAAAAUUUCCAUUAUUCUGGAAGUCAAUUUCUAAAAUGCCUUAAUAGGGUUAAGUAGUUUAGUAAAUUUUGUUUUUUAAUUUUUCUAAGCAUCAAAGUUGAUUAGAGAGGGGGACACUUUUUUUCUGGACACGAAUUAUCUUAAUAAACAUAAAAGACUAUUCUAUGGUUUCAGUAGCAGUGUGGUUAUGGAGCCAUAUGUUAAACAGUGCUGCCUGGCAGGCUGGGAACUCUAGAGACUGGUGGAAUUCCAUCUGAGAUGCCUCUGUUGCAAUGAUCAGGCAGCCCAAAUCAUUGAACUUAUCUAAUUUCCCAGCAGUAGAUUAUGUGGCAUUUUAUUGCUCAGGCAAUAACUGGUUUAAUGCUGUUAGUAUCAAAUUGUGAAGUGUUAAUUUUGUCUUAAAACCUUCCAGUAAAUGAAAUGCAACCUAGUUAUCACUAUCUAUCAGCAGGCAUGGAUAAUCAUUUGACAGUGCUGAUUUUGAGUUUUGCAAUAUAUUAUGGAAUACAGUCCAGUUAAAUUUCUGGUUUCAGUAUGUCUAGGAAUAUAGUGAGAGGUUAAUUUCUGCUCAAGUGGUACCACUUAAAGGCAUGUAUUCUUUUAGUAUGUAGUACCUUGAGUUCAAAUAGAAUGUAUUUAGGCAUUAUACCAACCUGAAAUACUUUUCCCCACUACAUUAUUGAAGUCAAUGGAGCAACUAGUUUCCCUUUUAGAAAUGUGCACACUAAUACUGAGUUUUACUUUCUUGUGGAUAAUAUUAAGCACUUACUCUGCAGUGUUCUGAAAGUUGCGUCAACUGAAGUGAUACUAUUCAGGAUGGUAGAAUAUCCCCCAAAUACAAAAUAUAUAUGUGUGUGGGCUUGCAUAGAUUACUGUGUUUCAUAGUUAAUCAGUCUUUUGCAGUGCUCAUGACGUGUGGGGCACACGGAAGGCAUUGCUGUGGUCAGUCUUUUUGGUUUUCUUCUGUAGCCAUUUAUUAUUUUAGUGUAUUGGUUGGUUAUGAAGAUACUAUUAUCUAUUUGUAAAUUGCUACUUUGUAUUUUAUGCAUGCUCUGUAACUUGAUUUAUUUUUAUUUUUAUUUUAUUUUUUAGUUAUUGAUUUGGAAUAUAUUCACGUUCUAAUAAACAGUUAUAGGGGGACUAUUCUUUAUGUUGUCAGAACACGUUUUUCCUUUGAGUGCUUUGGAUGCAGCCAUGGAAUAUUUGAUUCUGAUGAGAAAAAGCAUAGGUCCUUGGAUUACAGAGUAAACCCUCAAUUCGAGGCAUCAUUGUGUGAUUUCAGCUUUGAUUUUAGACAUAUAGUGCAAUUAUGCUUUUCUUAGACAAGGUAUCACCAAAAACAUUAGGGAAGUAAUCUUUGUAUUUUCAUUUAUAACAGUGUCACCAGACCCAGGAAGAGGCAUUUACUGAAAAUUGGUAGUAAAUCUUUCACAAAAUUAUUUAAGAGAAAGAAACUGUAGGUAGUGAAUUGAAAAUAAAUAACUGAAUUUUAUCAACUCUAGACUUAAUGUUGUCUUGGCCAUGGUUGGAUCUUUGGAGAAGUCUAAGAACCCUUUAAGUAGUGGUACAAAAUGUCAUUGCGUCUUAACAGUGUGUCUUCACUCUGAAUAAUAUCUCAGGAGACAAACUCUCUCAAGUAAGAAACAUUAAGUUUUAAAUUCUUAUGACAGUUUAGGGCUCAAGAUAGUGUAGAAGAGUUUUGCUGUUUGACCGUGCUUUUCAGUUAUUUUUAACUUGGAAUGUUUUUUUUUUUAAACCUAUUCUCCUGAAAAGCCGGUUUAGUCAUCUUGAUUUAAACUUGUAUGUCAUUGUUCUCAAGUGCUUUCUGUGCUAUGGUUUUUCUUUAAUAAUAAUUGUAACUCUGUAAGGUUAUCUUUAGCCAUUGCGUUGUGUAUCCUAAAUUUUAACUCUAAGAAGGGGUGUUAGCUGGUGACUUUUAAGUUCUGAAAGGUUUUGUUUGCAGUGAAGUUAGUUUAGAUUGCCCGUCACAGCUAGUCAUAUUUAUUUUGUCCUCAGUGUAUUUUCAAAAUACAGAUACUCUCAGUGGUUUGAAUGUUGUCCUGAUUUCUUCCAUCUACCUUAGUGAGAAAAGAACUUUUUAGACAGUUUUUGGCCAGGACCAGAAGCAGAAUAAGUCAAAGGCUGGGUUGAUAAUUAAGAACUUAAUCUAGCCUAUUAGGUUUUAAUUUAUGGAGGUGUGUUUGUGUGUUUAAACACAGGAGGAAAACAGAUUGGUUUUUUGAAGUCUCACAAACAUUUUAAGGCUGCAAAAAAUUCAAAACAAAAUCUAAAUUUUGUAUAAGGACUGUGCGUGGCAUGCAUGACCUAUGUGGGGAAAAAAUGAACAAAGACCAUGAAGGGACCAUCCCCCGUGACACGCUUUAAUGGGUUAGCAUAACAACAGGCUAGUGCUAAAACCAGGAGGGCUGAUUUUUGUUAUCCUCUCGGGUCGGUGCUGAUGCCACACUCUUUCUGGGAUUUGACAGGCCGCUUUUUCCACUCAUCUAUAUGAUAUGCUGAAUAAACUGAAGUUGUCAUGCUAAUGUUUAAAUGGUUGUAUCUUCCCAAACUGUAGGAGGCUGAGGGUAACACUGAAAUAUAAAAUGCUAAUGUCAUCACAGCUUCUGUAAAGGAGAUCAGAGGCUGAGAAAUAAUUUUAAUUGAAGUGUUAAUUUCACUGAAAUUUGAAUUGGAGGAUAGAGAAAGAAUAUCUGAAAGGACAUGUAUAUAUAUGAUAUUGGGCACAUAUUAGAAAGUACGCUAAAAGUGGCAGGUAAACUAGGGCAGUGGACUGAGGGACAAAAAACUUGGAUUCUAGGCGUACCUCUUUAAGUCAUUUUAUCUCUGAGCCUGCCCUCCUUCAGUUAGUGAGGGGAAUAGGUUAGAUUAUUUCUGUGGUUCAUCCCAGCCCCAGUUCAGUAAUUUUAUGAAUGAACUCUUCAGAUAGUAGAGCCAAAGUAUUACACAUUUGAAUGCAAAUUUGAUAAGUAAAAAUGAUUUUGCCAAAUGUUUUUGGUCUUACAAUAACUUGAUUAAAAUGUUAUUAUUUCCACGUUAACUCCAUUCAGUGAGAUGAAAACUUUCAGAACAUUUGCAAAAUGACUGCUGUUUUCAAUCGUAAGCGUAUGUGCUGAGGGGGGAGUGGGGAGCACUUGAUGGGCUGCUAUGUCGCUUGUAAAUUGAGAACUGCUUAUAUUGGCUUUUACUGUUAAAAGUUCUGUUGGCUUUUAAUAUAUACUUUUAAAAUAUAUUCAUGUCUGAGAGAGAGAA